CUCUCGAGACGUGGAACCCACGGCGAGAGUUAUAGAGAAGUCAAGCUGCUGGAGAGAUUCAGGAGAGAGAGAGAGGAGAGGGUUUAGAGACUAGGAGAGAGAUAUAGAAAGAGAAGCGUUAAACAAGGCGGGGGAGAGGUCGUCUUAAAACAGCCUCGUGAGAGAAGAUAGAGAAAGAGCUGGUCGUCUUCGUCGUCUUCGUCUCCUUCAUUGCUACAUUUUCAACCUAAGUGACCUUUUCUAGGUCAACAUACGAACUUAUACACGAAUACAAUUAGUAGAAGGAAAGUUCAAAGCAAUUAGCUAGAUCAAUCAGCCUGAUCUUCUUGCUAUCAUCCAAUCAUUGUCAGCGCUUACUUGUGGAUUAUGCAAAUUACAAAUUGCUAUCUCACAUCCUUGCUUGUUCUGUAGUUGGAUUUUGGAUUUCCGGUUUGAGAAUUUGAGGGAUUGAGUUCGUAGAUCCAUUUUUUGAUCGGCCGGAUAGAGGGAGGGAGGAGAGUAUUUGGAUGACAGAUUAUAGCUGGCCGACGCCUGAUUAAAAAUAGAAAACAAUGAAAUGGGUAUCAUUGCUUAAGGACUUCAGGGAAAAGGUCGGUCUCUCACAAUCAGCGUCUACAUCAUCCCUUUCAUCACCAUCUACACCUCCAUCUGCUUUAUCGUCUUCGUUGAACCAAGAAAGCAAUGUUUCGAUCAAUCAAGAGUUCGUCUCGUCAUUUAAUUCCAGAGACAGCAAUGUAUUGGAAUUGGAAUUCAAGAGAUAUUGGGAGGACUUCCGAUCAUCGUCUUCUGAGAAGGAGAAAGAAAAUGCCCUGAAUAUGACUGUGGACAGAUUCUGUAGAUUAAUAAAGCAACACACAAAUGUAGCUCAAGUAAUUACCAUGUUAGUUGAAACACACAUUUUUUCUUUUGUCCUGGGAAGAGCACUGGUUACCGACAUUGAUAAAUUGAGGAUUAGUAGCAAAUCAAGGUCUUUGGAAGCAAGGAAGGUGUUACUUUUUUUCUCAGAAGCUAGUGAGGAUGGCCUCAAACCUGGCACAAAUUUGUUAUUUGCAGUGGAAAUGCUUGUAUAUGGGCCUGUGGACAAACAAUCCCUCCUUGACUCAGGGAUACUCUGCUGCCUCAUCCAUAUUCUUAAUGCUCUUCUGGGUCCUGAUGGAGGGAUUCAAAAGAUGGAUGGCAAACCAGAGAGUUUGCCAGUAAGCGGGACAGAAGAUGAUCUCGAUACUUCCCAUGUCCGCCGGCUUGAGAUAGAAGGCAGUGUUGUACAUAUCAUGAAAGCAUUAGCUAGUCAUCCUUCAGCUGCACAGAGUUUGAUUGAAGAUGACUCCAUGCAGUUGCUUUUCCAAAUGGUUGCCAAUGGAUCUUUGUAUGUUUUCUCUUUAUACAAGGAAGGUCUAGGUUCCUUGCACACAAUUCAACUUCAUCGACAUGCAAUGCAGAUACUUGGGCUACUUUUGGUAAAUGAUAAUGGGACCACAGCAAAGUAUAUACGCAAGUUUCAUCUGAUAAAAGUGUUGCUGUUGGCUAUUAAAGAUUUUAAUCCUGACUCUGGUGAUCCUGCUUACACUAUGGGAAUUGUGGAUCUAUUACUUGAAUGUGUCGAAUUAUCAUGUAGACCUGAGGCUGGUGGUGUCAGGCUUAGAGAAGACAUUCAUAAUGCCCAUGGAUACCACUUUCUUGUGCAAUUUGCUUUGACUCUUUCUAAGCAAAGCAUGUCAGCAAUCCAUUGCAAGCCAUACUCUGAAUCUAACUCGACUUCAGAUGGCUUAGAUUUGUCAGCUGAUGUAAAUGGAAUGGUGUUAAAUGAAAACGGUGAGGAUAUUGCUGCAGAAGGCCUAUCACCAGUGUUAUCUAGGCUGCUUGAUGUUCUUGUUAAUUUAGCUCAAACUGGUCCGGCUGACACUACAGCAUCCGUGGGGAACAAGGGGUCAAAAGGUUCCCAUGGUAAGUCUGCUGGACACAGUAGAAGACAUACAUCAUCUUUUGAACGAAUUGUUGACACAGUUUGGGAGAAAGAAAACAACAAAGUUAAGGACCUUGAAGCUGUCCAGAUGUUGCAGGACAUUUUUCUCAAGGCUGAUAGCAGAGAGCUACAGGCAGAAGUUUUAAACCGAAUUUUCAAGAUAUUUUCUAGUAAUCUGGAAAAUUACAAGUUAUGCCAGGAAUUGCGAACAGUGCCACUCCUUAUUCUGAAUAUGGGUGGUUUCCCAUGGUCUUUGCAGGAAAUAAUUUUGAAAAUUCUUGAAUAUGCAGUAACUGUUGUAAAUUGUAUACCUGAUCAAGAAUUGCUUUCACUUUGCUGUCUGCUGCAGCAGCAAAUAAUGCCUGAAUUGAAGCACACUAUUCUUGCUUUCUUUGUGAAACUUUUAUCAUUUGAUCAACAGUACAAGAAAGUUUUGCGAGAAGUUGGUGUGCUAGAGGUGUUGUUGGAUGACCUUAAGCAGCACAAGUUUCUCUUGGGCACAGACCAAUUUGGCAGUGACCCAUUUGAGUGGAAUUCAAGCUCAAGCAGCUUCAAGAAGCACCUGGACAGCAAGGAUACCAUUCUUUCUUCUCCCAAGUUAUUAGAGUAUGGUUCUGCAAAGUUCCCAAUUUUUGAGGUUGAAGCUACUAUUUCUGUUGCAUGGGAUUGCAUGGUUUCCUUGAUAAAAAAGGCAGAUGCUAAUCAAUCAGCAUUUCGAUUGGCAAAUGGUCCAACCAUUCUUCUCCCUUUCUUAGCAUCUGAUGUUCACCGUCAAGGGGCCCUCCGAGUAUUCUCAUGUUUAAUUAUUGAAGAUGUUGCACAGGCUCAUCCGGAAGAACUGGGAGCACUUGUUGAAGUUCUGAAAAGUGGCAUUGUUACAAAUGCUACGGGGUCUCAGUAUAGACUAUUAAGUCAUGCAAUAUGCGACACUUUUGGUGCCUUGUGGCGCAUUUUGGGAGUUAAUAAUUCAGCUCAGAUGGUUUUUGGUGAAGCCACCGGUUUCUCGCUACUGCUAACCACACUCCACCAUUUUCAUAACGACGGAGAGCAGCUUGAUCUUUCAUCUUUAGUGUCUCGCAUUAAAGUAUUCACGUAUCUGUUACGCAUGGUGACUGCUGCAGUAUGCAACCACUCAGUUAAUCGAAUGAAGCUGCACACAAUCAUAUCCUCUCAAACCUUUUAUGAUCUUUUAUUUGAUUCUGGUUUGAUUUGCACUGAGUAUGAAAGGCAAGUUAUACAGUUGCUAGUGGAACUUGCUCUUGAACUAGUCCUCCCACCAUCUUUUACAUCAGAGCUUGCAUCUGAUGUCACUGAAAUUGGGUCAAAUGGGUUUCUUUUACAAGCUCCAGCUGGAGUAUUCACUCCUCAUAAUGAAAGGGUGUGCAAUGCUGGUGCCAUUAGGGUUCUCAUACAUUCAUUACUGCUCUUCAGUCCUAGUGUGCAGUUGCAAGUGCUAAACCUAAUUGAGAAACUUGCUCAUGUUGGGUCCUUCAAUCUUGAAAACCUCACAUCAGUAGGAUGUGUCGAACUUCUGCUGGAAAAGAUACACCCUUUCCUUUCUAGCUCAUCACCGUUGGUUUCUCAUGCUUUGAAGAUUGUGGAAGUCCUUGGAGCAUAUAGGUUAUCAGCAUCCGAACUCCGUGUCCUUAUCAGAUAUGUUUUACAAAUGAGGUUAACUAAUUCAGGACAUGUGCUUGUUGAUAUGAUGGAAAAGUUAAUUGUCAGGGAAGAUAUGGCUUCAGAGAAUGUUUCUCUUGCACCAUUUUUAGAGAUGGACAUGACAAAGCUGGGAUAUGCUGGUAUACAGUUAUCACUUGGGGAAAGAUCAUGGCCUCCUGUGGCUGGUUAUUCUUUUGUAUGUUGGUUUCAGUUCCGGAACUUACUGAAGUCACAGAUAAAGGAAACUGAAACAAAAAAGGGAAGUGGGAAGACACAAGUACGAGGAGGGCAGUAUCUACGUAUAUUUUCUGUCGGGGCAAUAGAUAAUGCUAGCACCUUUUAUGCUGAACUUUAUCUUCAAGAAGACGGCUCUCUGACCUUGGCAACAAGUAACUCUUCCUCCUUAUCGUUCUCAGGGCUAGAAUUGGAGGAAGGGAGGUGGCAUCACCUUGCAGUUGUUCAUAGCAAGCCAAAUGCUUUGGCUGGACUAUUCCAAUCCAGUGUUGCAUAUGUCUACCUUAAUGGAAAGCUAAAACACACUGGGAAAUUGGGAUAUUCUCCUUCACCCGUGGGGAAACUUCUGCAGGUAAACAUAGGGACGCCAGUUACCUGUGCAAGAAUUUCUAACUUGUCAUGGAGACUUCGUUCUUGCUAUCUUUUUGAAGAGGUUCUUACACCGGGUGCUAUUUGUUUUAUGUACAUACUUGGAAGAGGAUAUAGGGGGCUUUUCCAAGAUACAGAUCUCUUGCAAUUUGUUCCUAUUCAGGCUUGCAGUGGGGGUAGCAUGGCAAUCAUAGAUUCAUUAGAAACUGAUUGGGCUUUAGUUUCUAACAGUCAAAGACCUGAAAGUGCCAGCAAACAAGCUAGUCCCAUGGCAGAUCGUAGCGGUAUUGUUUGGGAUUGGGAAAGACUCGGAAACCUGUCUUUACAACUCUCUGGGAAGAAUCUCAUAUUUGCAUUCGAUGGGACCUCUACAGAAUCUUUGCAAGCAAGUGGAACUUUCUCUUUGCUAAAUCUAGUUGAUCCCAUGUCAGCUGCUGCUUCUCCUAUUGGUGGAAUACCUCGUUUUGGACGUCUUCAUGGGGAUAUAUACAUAUGCAGGCAAUGUGUGAUUGGCGAUAGUAUCCGACCUGUUGGUGGAAUGGCUGUUAUCCUUGCUCUGGUUGAAGCUGCUGAAACAAGGGAUAUGCUACACAUGGCACUGAAACUUCUUGCUUGUGCACUUCAUCAAAAUCCUCAGAACGUCAAAGACAUGCAGAUGUUCAGGGGAUACCAUUUGCUAGCAUUGUUUCUGCAUCGCAAAAUGUCACUGUUUGACAUGCAAUCACUGGAGAUUUUUUUCGGUGUUGCUGCAUGUGAAGCUUCAUUUCCUGAAUCAAAGAAAUUUGAAAGUACUCAAAGAAUUGUGUCAUCUGCUGCGCCAGUUAUUGGAACUUCAUUUGAGGAUCUUAGUUUGUCGAAGGUAGAAGAGGAAUUUUCUUCAGUUGGAUCUCAAGGAGACACAGAUGACUUCUUUAAUGCUAAAGAUUCAUACAAUCAUAUCACAGAACUUGAAAAUGCUGAUAUUCAUGCUGAAACUCCAAGAUGUUUAGUUCUGUCAAAUGCAGAUAUGGUUGAGCAUGUUUUAUUAGACUGGACAUUAUGGGUAACAGCCUCGGUUUCUGUUCAGAUUGCAUUACUAGGUUUUCUUGAGCAUCUAGUCUCCAUGCAUUGGUACAGGAAUCACAAUCUUACUAUAUUACGGAGAAUGAAUCUAGUUCAACAUUUGCUGGUAACCCUACAGAGAGGUGAUGUUGAGGUCAUUGUCUUGGAAAAACUGGUUGUGCUUCUGGGAGUCAUUUUAGAAGAUGGCUUUCUUGAUUUUGAAUUGGAACAUGUAGUUAGGUUUCUGAUUAUGACAUUUGAUCCACCUGAGCCUAAAUCUCAUAGUCCAAUCUUGAGAGAAUCCAUGGGGAAGCACGUCAUUGUGAGAAAUAUGUUGUUGGAGAUGCUAAUUGAUUUACAGGUGACCAUUGAUUCAGAUGAAAUGCUCGAGCAAUGGCAUAAGAUCGUCUCAUCCAAAUUGAUCACUUAUUUUCUUGAUGAAGCUGUUCAUCCAACUAGUAUGAGAUGGAUCAUGACUCUUCUUGGUGUCAGUCUUGUUUCUUCACCCACUUUUGCACUGAAAUUUAGGACUAGUGGUGGGUAUCAAGGGUUGGCACGAGUGCUUCCGAGCUUUUAUGAUUCUCCUGAUAUAUAUUACAUUCUGUUCUGCCUGAUAUUCGGAAAGCCUGUUUACCCAAGAUUACCUGAAGUGCGCAUGCUGGAUUUCCAUGCCCUUAUGCCAAGUGAUGGAAAUUAUGAAGAGCUAAGAUUUGUGGAACUGUUGGAUUCCGUGAUUGCUAUGGCAAAGUCUACGUUUGAGAGGUUGUAUUCACAAUCAAUACUAGCUCAUCAAUCUGGAAGCCUUUCCCAAGUUGCUACUGGUUUGGUGGCUGAACUUGCUGAUGGAAAUAUUGAUAUGGCUGGAGAGCUUCAGGGUGAAGCUUUAAUGCAUAAAACCUAUGCAGCACGGCUAAUGGGCGGAGAGGCAUCAGCUCCUUCUGCUGCUACUUCAGUUCUGAGAUUUAUGGUUGAUAUGGCCAAGAUGUGCCCACCCUUCUCUGCUGUUUGCCGACGCGCAGAUUUUCUUGAAAACUGCAUUGACCUCUAUUUUUCUUGUGUUAGGUCUGCCCAUGCUUUAAAGUUGGCAAAGCAACUAUCUGUCAAGACAGAGAACAAAAGUUUGAAUGUUCACGAUGAUGACCGUGAUACUAACAGCUCUCAGAACAGUUUCUCUAGCUUUCCUCAUGAACAGGAACAGAGUGUUAAAACUUCCAUUAGUCUUGGAAGUUUUCCAAAAGCUCAGAUCAGUACAAGUUCAGAGGAUUUAUCAAUUGCUCCUAAUACUGCAGCUGUUGAUAAGAUCAAGACUGGUGCUGCUACAUCCAAGUGGGAAUCAAACACACAAAAAGAAGAAGAUUCAAAUGCUCACAUUGUUGACCAGCAAUCUAGUGCUGCUUCCAGCAUUGGUGAUCUUAGCUUCUAUGAUAUAAAAGAUGGGGAGAAUCUGGUUUACCAGGCUGAUUCACAAAGGUCUGAAUCUUUGGUUGCUUCUGACUCUACUAUUACAAGGGAAAAAACUCCCUCCAGACUCCCACCCAUGCCUGCUUCAUCUCCAGUUGUUGCAUUGAAGUCAGUGGGGAGUCCCGUUCAGGGAGAACUAAAGUAUACACCAGCUCCUAGCACUUCUAAUGAAUCUUUUACUUACAUGAGUGAAUUUGACUCAGAAAUGAAAUCCAGCUCUCAUGGACCAUCUGAUGCAAACACUAAUUCUAUUGUUAACCCCAAGCUGCUUCUCGAAGUUGAUGAUGUGGGCUAUGGUGGUGGUCCCUGUUCUGCAGGGGCAACCGCUGUUCUAGAUUUUGUGGCUGAAGUUCUUUCUGACUUUAUGACAGAGCAGCUCAAGUCUGUAUCAAUGAUAGAGAGUAUUUUGGAAAGUGCACCUUUGUAUGUUGAUGCUGAGUCACUAUUGGUUUUCCAGGGGUUGUGCCUGAUUAGAUUGAUGAACUUUCUUGAACGACGCCUUUUACGCGACGAUGAGGAAGAUGAGACCAAGUUGGAUAAGGGCCGGUGGACCUCCAACUUAGAUGCUUUGUGUUGGAUUAUAGUUGAUCGUGUCUAUAUGGGUGCUUUUCCUAAUCCUGGUUCUGUACUCAGAACUCUGGAAUUCCUGUUGUCUAUGUUACAGUUGGCUAACAAGGAUGGACGGAUUGAAGGUGCAACUCCAACAGGAAAAGGACUUCUAUCUAUCACGAGAGGGACUAAGCAACUCGAGGCUUAUGUACAUGCAGUUUUGAAAAAUGUGAACCGGAUGAUUUCAUAUUGUUUUCUUCCCUCAUUCUUAACCUCCAUAGGAGAAGACAAUCUUCUUUCCCUAAUAGGAUUGCCAAUUGAUCAUAUGAGAUCAUCUUUAAACAUUUCACAAGAAGAAUGUGGUAUUGACAUUUGCACAGUUUUACAGUUGUUAGAUGCACAUAGGCAAGUCAUAUUCUGUCCCAGCAACCAGGAUACUGAUCUCAAUUGUUGUCUGUGUGUAAAUCUAAUAUCUCUUCUUCGAGACCAGAGGCAAAAUGUGCAGAAUAUCACAAUUGAUAUACUUAGGUAUCUACUUGUGCAUCGCAAGGUUGCUCUAGAAGAUUUACUUGUCUCAAAACUAAACCAAGGGCCACAAUUGGAUCUUUUGCAUGGUGGUUUUGACAAACUGCUAGCUGGAAGAUUGUCAGAUUUCUAUAUUUGGUUUCAUAGUGCAGAACCGAUUGUCAACAAAGUUUUGGAACAAUGUGCUGCCAUUAUGUGGGCUCAGUACAUUGCUGGAUCAGUAAAGUUUCCUGGAGUACGAAUAAAAGGCAUGGACAGCCGGCGUAAGAGAGAAGUGGGGAGGAGAUCACGUGAUAUUGCAAAGUUGGAUCAAAAACACUGGGAACAGGUAAGUGAACGUAGAUAUGCACUUGAAGUCGUUCGUGAACUGAUGUCUGCCGAACUAAGAGUUGUCCGCCAAGACAAGUAUGGAUGGGUGCUUCAAUGUGAAAGCAAAUGGAAAACACGUAUUCAACAACUUGUGCAUGAGCGAGGAAUAUUUCCAAUGCAUAGAUCUUCCUUAAGUGAAGGUCCUGAGUGGCAACUUUGCCUCAUUGAAGGUCCGUAUAGAAUGCGUAAAAAGCUAGAGAGGCCCAAACUGAAGAUUGGUAUGACCCAUAAAGUUCUGAAUGGGCAGUUUGAAUGGGACAGCAUGGAGCUUUCCAGAGAAAAAAAUGAGAACAGUAAUGAUGCUUUGGCCGGUUCUCAUAAUUUUUCUGACUUGUUGACUGAUGGUGUAAAAUAUGAUUCCUUUGAUGGCGAACCAUAUGAAGAACCAAUGUUCAGAGAGUUGGAGAAUGUCAGAGAUGUAGCUUCAAGUAGGGUUGAAUGGAAUGAUGAUCCUACCAGUAGUUUAAAUGAUAUGAGUCUUCAUUCUGCUACUGAUUAUGGUAUGAAAUCUAGUACGGUAUCCUUGUCUAAAGAUGAAAGCUUACAUGGAAGGUCUGCUUUAGGAUCUCCAAGGAAUCAUUCUUCCCUUAAAUCUGAAGAGGUAAAAAUGGAGGAUCAAUCAGAUAAGAUGCUGAACGAUAAUGGUGAAUACUUGAUUAGACCUUAUCUGGAGCCUUUUGAAAAGAUCAAGCACCGUUAUAAUUGUGAAAGAGUUGUUGGUCUUGACAAACAUGACGGUAUAUUUCUUAUCGGGGAACUUGCUUUAUAUGUCAUUGAGAACUUUUAUAUCAAUAAUUCUGGAUGCAUAUGUGAAAAGGAAAGUGAAGAUGACCUCUCCAUGAUUGAUCAAGCUUUGGGAGUAAAUAAAGACUUUUCUUUCAGUUCAGAAUCACAUCCGAAGUCGAUUUCAUCUGGUGGCGCGGCUACUAAAACCUAUAUUGGAGGAAGAGCUUGGGCUUACAAUGGUGGGGCAUGGGGAAAGGAAAAAGCCUGUAAUAGCAGCAACAUGCCUCAUCUCUGGCAUAUGUGGAAUCUUGACAGUGUUCACGAGAUUCUAAGGCGCGAUUAUCAGCUGCGUCCUGUUGCAAUUGAGUUGUUCAGCAUGGAUGGAUACAACGACCUUCUGGUUUUCCACAAAAAAGAAAGGGAAGAAGUCUUCAAAAAUUUGGUGGCUAUGAAUUUGCCAAGGAAUAGCAUGUUGGAUUCUACAAUCUCAGGGUUAUCCAAGCAAGACGGCAAUGAGGGAGGUCGUCUUUUCAAAAUUACGGCAAGAUCUUUCUCUAAGAGAUGGCAAAACGGAGAAAUCAGCAACUUUCAGUACCUCAUGCACCUGAACACUCUUGCUGGACGUGGAUACAGUGACCUAACUCAGUAUCCAGUUUUCCCUUGGAUUCUUGCUGACUAUGAGAGUGAAAUUCUGGACUUGUCGAAUCCUACAACAUUCCGUAGGCUUGACAAGCCUAUGGGUUGUCAGUCAUUGGAAGGAGCAGAAGAAUUCAGAAAAAGGUACGAGAGCUGGGAUGAUCCAGAUGUUCCUAAAUUUCACUACGGUUCGCAUUAUUCUAGUGCUGGAAUAGUUCUCUUCUAUCUCAUUCGUCUUCCACCAUUCAGUACUGAAAAUCAGAAACUGCAAGGUGGUCAGUUUGACCAUGCUGACCGUCUGUUCAAUAGCAUAAAAGACACAUGGUCCAGUGCCGCUGGACGGAGCAAUACUUCAGAUGUGAAGGAACUAAUUCCAGAAUUCUUCUAUGCGCCUGAAUUUCUGGAAAAUCGGUUUAGUCUUGAUUUGGGGGAGAAACAAUCUGGUGAAAAGGUAGGUGAUGUUUUCUUACCUCCAUGGGCCAAAGGCAGUGCCAGAGAGUUUAUAAGGAAGCACAGAGAAGCAUUGGAAUCAGAUUAUGUUUCAGAAAACCUUCAUCAUUGGAUUGACCUAAUUUUUGGAUAUAAACAGAGAGGAAAGGCUGCAGAAGAAGCUAUAAAUGUAUUCUAUCACUAUACAUACGAAGGAAGUGUGGAUAUAGAUUCCAUCACUGAACCUGCAAUGAAAGCCUCAAUUCUAGCUCAAAUAAACAAUUUUGGGCAGACACCAAAACAACUCUUCCAGAAAGCGCAUGUUAAAAGGCGAUCAGAUAGAAAGCCUCCUCAUCCCCUUAAACACUCAUCUGAUCUCAUCCCACAUGAGCUCCGGAAAACAUCCUCUUCCAUAGCUCAGAUCGUUACAUUCAACGACAAGGUUCUGUUGGCUGGAGCAAACAGCUUGCUUAAACCUCAAACUUACACCAAAUGUGUCUCAUGGGGUUUCCCAGACCGUAGUUUGAGAUUCGUGAGCUAUGAUCAAGAUAAACUUCUCUCCACCCACGAGAAUCUACACGGAGGUAACCAGAUUCAAUGUGCGGGGGUUACCCAUGAUGGGCAGGUGUUAGUUACUGGUGCGGAUGACGGUUUGGUUUGCGCCUGGAAAAUUGUUAACGACAGUUUUAAUACUCAAAGACGUUUGGUAUUGGCAAAGGCACUUUGUGGACAUACGGGUAAGGUGACUUCAAUUCGUGUUAGCCAACCUUACAUGAUGAUUGUGAGUGGUUCCGACGAUCGAACCGUAAUCAUAUGGGAUCUUAGCUCGUUGGUUUUCAUAAGGCAGCUGCCGGAAUUCCCAUCGCCAGUUUCGGCAAUAUACGUGAAUGAUUUGACAGGUGAGAUUGUGACGGCUGCGGGUGUUAUGCUAGCUGUUUGGAGCAUUAAUGGGGACUGUUUGGCUGUCAUUAACACAUCCCAACUUCCAUCGGAUUUCAUAAUUUCGUUGACGAGCUGCACGUUUUCGGAUUGGCUCGAUACAAAUUGGUAUGUAACGGGUCAUCAGAGUGGAGCUAUGAAAGUAUGGCAAAUGGUUCAUUGUUCUGAGGAGGUGAGUACGCCGGUGAAGGCAAUGGGAAGCUUGUCUGUUGUGGGAUUGGAUUUGGGUGAGAAAAGUCCUGAAUAUAGAUUGAUUCUGCGGAAGGUUCUAAAGUUUCAUAAACAUGCUGUCACUGCCCUUCACCUUACUAGCGACUUGAAACAAUUGUUGUCGGGUGAUUCUGACGGACAUCUGCUUUCGUGGACAUUACCUGAUGAAAGCUUGAGAGGGAGCUUAAAGCUGGGGUGAUAUAAUAACACCAUAAUCUCUACUACUCUUAAAAGAUUUUAAGAUAUUUUCAAAGGAAAAAAAUGUGAAUUUCUCUCAAUACGGGUCCAAGUCUAUUAUAAUCUCUUAAUACAACGGGACAGACAGAGAGAGGCAUGUAUGUACAAAGGGGGGUUUCAAUUUUUGCACAGGAGAAAGAGAAGCUGGAGGACUUGGAUUAUUUUUUUUGUGAGGGGGUAGGAGGAAAAGGAAAGGGUUUGUAUAUAGUGAGGUAUGAAUAUGUUAUAAUAUUGUUAUGAUGUUGUUUAGCCGCAAGAAUUGAUGCAUUGGAUUUACCUUAGCCCCAGAUUGAUUGUGCAUGCCAUGCAUUCGGCUGUUUUUUUUUUUGUUAUAAAUUUAUAUUCAGUAGAUGAUUGGUUGAUUGAUUGUGCAUUUAGGAAGGAAAUGGGUUUCCGGCAAGAAGUGCCUGCGAAUUUGAU